ACAGCUACUUGACGUCGCCAUUUUAUCUCAGUUUCUUCCUGGACUUUUUUGGGCCGUUUACGGGGUUCUUGAGCUGAACGGAGAAAUAAAGCAUAAUGGGAGCUUGCUUGGCUUUGGGUUCCCUCGCUAGCUGUGCUUCCUGUUUGUGCGGCUCGGCCUCCUGCCUUUUGUCGUCAUGCUGCCCGUCCACGUACAACUCGACCAUCAGCCGGCUGGCUUUCUCCUUCCUGCUGCUGCUGGGAACACUGGUGUCCAUCAUCAUGAUCCUUCCGGGCAUGGAGGAAAAUCUUAAAAAGAUUCCAGGUUUCUGUGUGGAUGGCACCAGUAUACCUGGCAUACACAGCCGCGUGAACUGUGACAUCAUCGUGGGCUACAAGUCUGUGUACCGCAUGUGCUUCGCCAUGGCCUGCUUCUUCCUCCUCUUCUCCAUCAUCAUGAUCCGAGUGCGCAGCAGCAAGGACCCCCGAGCUGCCAUCCAAAACGGAUUCUGGUUCUUCAAGUUUCUGGCGUUGGUUGGCCUCACUGUGGGAGCGUUCUUCAUCCCCGAUGGCACCUUUACCACCGUGUGGUAUUACUUCGGCGUAGUCGGCUCCUUCAUCUUCAUCAUCAUCCAGCUCAUCCUGCUGGUCGACUGCGUGCAUUCCUGGAACCAGUCGUGGCUGGAGAAGGCAGAAAACGGAAACAGAAAGUGCUGGUUUGCAGCUCUCCUGUCGUUCACCUUCGUCUUCUACGCCGUGGCCUUUUCGGCCGUUGUCCUCUUCUACGUGUUCUACACCCAGCCGGACGACUGCACAGAGCACAAGGUCUUCAUCAGCCUCAACCUCAUCUUCUGCAUCGUCGUGUCCGUCGUGUCCAUUCUGCCCAAAGUUCAGGACGCUCAGCCCACUUCAGGCUUGCUCCAGGCGUCCGUCAUCAGCCUUUACACCAUGUACCUGACCUGGUCCGCCAUGACCAACAACCCCAACAAGAAGUGCAACCCCAGCCUGUUGAGUCUGGUCCAGCCCAGCAGUUCCACUCCAGCACCUCCGGGCCCCACUCCACUUCCAGGAAACGUGCAGUGGUGGGACGCACAGAGCGUUGUGGGACUCGUCAUCUUCCUGUUCUGCACACUUUAUGCCAGCAUCCGCUCCUCCAACAACACCCAAGUGAACAAGCUGAUGCAGACGGAGGAGGGCCAGGGUCUGACCGCUGAUCCCGAGGCCUCGGUGGGGGAUGACGGAGUGCGCCGUGCCGUGGACAACGAAGAGGACGGAGUGACCUACAGCUACUCGUUCUUCCACUUCAGCCUCCUUCUGGCCUCUCUCUACAUCAUGAUGACCCUGACUAACUGGUAUAAACCCAACACUGACUAUGAGACCAUGCAGACCUCCAUGCCAGCUGUGUGGGUGAAGAUCAGCUCCAGCUGGCUCGGCUUGGCCCUCUACCUUUGGACCCUGGUGGCACCGCUGGUGCUUCCUGAUCGAGACUUCAAUUAAAAACUCUGGAGUGUAUCAGCACAACGCACCUAAACUGAAAUCAGCGUCAUCUUUCAACGCUUUACUUUCCUAUAGAAGUCCAGUCGUGCUAUGUAUGAACGACAGGAGGUUAUUGUAUUUCUGUAGUUACGGGAUGUUAAUUGUAGACAUGCAACAUGACACGAAUCAGGUUUGAGCUUUAAUUACAUUCCAGUUUUUACUUCAGGUUGUGUUUUUUUUUUUUUUUUUUUUUUUUUGGUUGGUUACUGAGAGCUUUACAUGCCAAAUAAAUCCAAAAAAGAUUUCCUGUUUUGUUUCUUUUUUUUUUACAAAUAUAAGUUUGAAAUGUGUGUUUUUUCUUGUUGUUGUGCUAAAUGUUAACAAAAGUGCCUUAUUGUAUUCCUGACACAAAUAAUUGACAGGGAGCUGGUGGUUUUAAUGAUUUAAAACGCUUAUCGCGUAGCUUCCGUGACAAUGUUCACAUUUCACUAGAAAAACAGCAGAUGUGCUAUAUAGCUCAGCAGGGUGCAGUUCUUACACCGUCCUGCAGGUGGCGGUGGUCACCUUUUGUUAAGGUGGUGGCCUCAUUAUAUUCCCUUUGUUCUAAUUUUAAAGAUUGGAGAUCUUGUAUUUUUUUCUUCCUUUCCCUGUUUUUUUUUUUUUCUUUUUCUUGCGUGCAUUACAUCACAACAGUUUUUUGAAAACGAUAAAUGUUCAAUGAAACUAACAAGUUGAAGAACAGUCUGCACGC